AUGUUCCGUCCCGCCGCUCGAGCGCUCGCCCGCGCGCCCGCUGUCGCAGCCCGUACACCAGCGAACAGACGAUUGAUAAGCACCGGUCCGACCAAGUCUAGAAGCUGGAAAAACACCUUCUUGCGAUUGGGCUUGGCUGGUGGUGCUAUCUACUACUACAACACGAGCAGUGUUUUCUCUGAGGAGCCGAAGUUCUCUAUCCUUUCUACUAUCCGGAAACAAUCCGGUGAUGACGCCAAUGCCCCAACCCUCGACUCCAUUACUCCCAAAAUUCGCCAAGAACGAGCUGCUGCGCAGUCCAAGAAGAGCGAGUCUGCUGUUUUGGAAGGUGGGCUGAACCCUGAAGAGCUCCAGGAGGAGGCUGGCCAGGAGGCUGCCUUCAACCCGGAGACCGGCGAAAUCAACUGGGACUGCCCGUGCCUUGGAGGCAUGGCCCACGGACCAUGCGGAGAGGACUUCAAGGCUGCGUUCAGCUGCUUCGUCUACUCCGAGGAAGAGCCCAAGGGCAUCGACUGUGUUGAGAAAUUCAAGGCAAUGCAAGAUUGCUUCCGUCAACACCCCGAAGUCUACGGCGCCGACUCCGGCUACCUCCGAACUUCCCCCAGUGCCGCCGAGCUGGAUGUGUCGUCGCACCCCAUUGAGAAGCAGACCCGCGCCAAGGAAGUCAACACCCACAUGAAGAACGAGACCGUUGCUGCGGGCGAGAAUGUCGAGGGCGACUCUCUCAUCCCCAAGGCUGCGCAUGACACCGAGGAGAAGAACCAGGCCAGCAAGGCUUAG